AUGACGAGCGCGGCGGUGACGCCGUCAAUGCGAGCUGUCGCUUGGAAUGUACACUUCACUAUCGGCGAAGAAGAGGAUUCGGGUGCCUUUGCCGGAAUCUUCCAAGUUAGUGGCAGUGACCUCAUUACCUUCCGCGAUGUUUGCGAUGAACUGCGUCUCUGCUUUGAGUUCUCGAACGACAAACUGCGCGGCGACAGCCACGAUAAUGAUAACGAACAUGACUCCUGGUCUCAUAUCGCAUUCUACCGCCUUGAUACGGACAAUUUGACUAGCUCCUCCUUAUCUGGCUUGCGCUUCAUAACCGGGUCGGACCUGGAUGAACCUGUGCCCAGCCUCGCAUCACUCCGCCCCAAAGAACAGAACGUCGUAAGAUACCACCUUGUGCACCACGAGGACUGCCAUAUGCCUUCCAACUCGUCACUAGACUCUCAUUUACAAGGUUAG